GACUGGAAGUGGUUCCCCUGGUAACGGCCGGUCCCAGUUUCCACCAAUUGAUGUGACGGCGCGGGCGUGUGGGCUGGGAGGGCUCAUGGCCUACAUAAGCACCAGACGGGCACUGUGCGCCCGUGCUGUGCCGAGACCCGGCAGAUGCGCUUGCAAAGCCAUGGCCAGGCUGACGGGCGCCGGGCCCGUGGCCGCCCACCGCUGGGGCUGCACCGCCACUGCCUUCCUCUUCCUCCUCCUCACCGUGCAAGCUGCCCAGAAAGCCGACCUUAGUGGUGAUGCCACGGCGGCCACCAUCAACCACUCACUGACGCUGCUGCAGCGGCUGCAGGAGCUGCUGCAGAAUGGCAAUGGCAGCGAUUCGGUGCUGCGGGUGCGCACAGCCACCUCCGAUGAGGCCAAGGUCUUCCACACCCACCAGCUGCUCCUCAGCCUCCAGAGCGAGGUCUUCGAGAGCCUCCUGCGCAACCAGAGCGUUGUCACCCUGCAUGAGCCACCUGAGACUGCUGCACUCUUUGAGAAGUUUAUCAGGUACCUGUACUGUGGGGGGGUCUCCAUCCUGCUGCACCAAGCCAUCCCCAUGCACCAGCUGGCCAGCAAGUACCGGGUGUGGGGGCUGCAGCGUGGCGUGGCCGAAUACAUGAAGACCCACCUGGCGAGCGAGUCAAGCCAGGGCCAUGUGGUGGGCUGGUACCACUAUGCCGUGCGCAUUGGGGACGUGGCGCUGCAGGAGAGCUGCCUCCAGUUCCUGGCCUGGAACCUCUCGGCUGUGCUGGGCAGCGCAGAGUGGGGCUCAGUGAGCGUGGAGCUGCUGCUGCUGCUGCUGGAGCGCUCCGACCUGGUGCUGCACAGCGAGCUGGAGCUCUACACAGCCGUGGAGGGCUGGCUGGGCCGCCGGCAGCCCGAGGGUCCUGUGGCCGAAAGGGUGCUGCGCGCCAUCCGCUACCCCAUGAUUGCGCCCAGCCAGCUCUUCCGGCUGCAGGCGCAGUCGGCGGUGCUUGCGCGGCACUACAGCGCGGUGCAGGACCUGCUCUUCCAGGCUUUCCAGUUCCAUGCUGCCUCCCCCCUCCAUUUUGCCAAGUAUUUUGAUGUCAACUGCAGCAUGUUCCUGCCUCGCAACUACCUCGCGCCCAGCUGGGGCUCCCAGUGGGUCAUCAACAACCCGGCGCGGGAUGACCGCAGCACUAGUUUCCAGACCCAGCUGGGUCCCAGCAGCCAUGAUGCCGGUAAGCGGGUGACCUGGAAUGCCCUCUUCUCGCCACGCUGGCUGCCCGUCAGCCUGCGCCCCGUCUACUCGGACUCAGUCUCGAGCGCCGUCCAGGCAGUGCGCAUCGAGGACGGUCGCCCCCGGCUCGUCAUCACCCCGGCCAUGAGCAGCCCCGACUUUGCCGGUGUCAGCUUCCAGAAGACGGUGCUGGUGGGCGUGCGGCAGCAGGGCCGCGUCCUGGUGAAGCAUGCCUACAGCUUCCACCAGAGCUCGGAUGAGGUGGCCGACUUCCUUGCCCACGCGGACCUGCAGAAGCGCACCUCUGAGUACCUCAUCGACAACUCCCUGCACCUCCACAUCAUCAUCAAGCCUGUCUACCACUCCCUCAUCAAGGUGAAGAAUUAAUGAGGCAGAGCCAGGUCCCGCAGCUGGACUGGUCCCAGCCCCGCAUGGGGGCUCGUUCUUGGUCCUCCUGCUCACAGGUAGCCAGAGGUCUCUGUGCAAGGGGGCCCUGGGGCAGUUCUCUGCUGCCCACCCCUCCCUGAUUGUCCCCCCGCCACAUCCCAUCCCCAUCGCUGUCCUUGAGUGCCUGCGGGGAGCUGGGGAUAGGGGACAUUGGGACCCCCCCAGCCCUGUGCGGGUGGUGCAGGGGGUGAAAUAUGCAACCCACUGCCACAGGUGCAACCCCAUCCUGGGCUCACAAACCCAACAGGCGAGAAGAUGGGGACAAAGACAGCCUGUCCCUCCUCGGAUACCACCCCUGUGGCACUGGGGUCCCUCUGUGCAGGCAGUGAGGCCAUGGUGCUGGGUCUGGCUGCUGGCAUGGGUACCCCAGCAGCAGCACCCCAGGGCUUGGUGAUGAGCUGGGUGUGUGCCCAGGCUGGUGUGGGUGGUCUGGCUGCCUCCCCAGGCAAGCGAGCCUUGGGGGGCACCGUCCCCACUCACAACCGGCAGCUGCCCCAUCCCUGCCCGGGCAUGGGCGCCCCCCCCCCCCUUCCUAAUAAAA